AUGAGUCUCUGCCGGGUACCUGCUGAAAUCGUUCGGCUCAUCAUUGAAAAUCUGGAUCCAGAUGAUUUGCUUCAACUGGCUUCAACUAGCCGCCAUUUCAAGCAUAUUAUCCAUGAUAAGUUCAUCUCCCGAAAGGCGCUGGAGAAUAUUCCGUUUUCCUUGGACUAUAAAGAAGGUCAAAAGACGGGAGAUUAUAGCCAAGCAUUGAGAAGACGUGUCAAGCGACGCAACGCUCUUCGUAAGGCAAAUCCAUUUCAUAUUUUGGAAGUUUCUAGAGAAGCUGUCCAUUUUACAUAUACCAAUGGCGCUCUAUGCUAUACUAUGAAGCAAACCUCGGCUACUCACGAGCAUCGACUACGGAUCUUGCUUCUUCAAGGCUCUCCUGUCCAAGAACUCAACAUCAACGUUCUUCAGCUAAUAUGCGAAUCCGAAAUUUCUGAUUUUGACGAAAGCCGACCCUACCAGUUUAAGCCACUGUAUCACGCAGAAGGCAUCGUUUCAUGCUUAUUCGAACAAAGAAAAUCUCAAUCGCGUGGCCGCUGGUUGAUAAUAUAUAGCAUUGAGAAGGGGAAGAUUCUGCAGUCUAAGCCACUGCGCUCAACUACGAACAUCUUUGUCCGCAACAACAAGCAGUACCUUUACUACGGUACAAAAUCAGAACCAUUUGACGGCCAGCGACGAUGGGUGCUUCAUGGAUUCUCGCUGGAAUGCUUCGAAUGGCUACCUCGGAGAAUUAUACUCUGGGACUUGGCUGGUUGUGAUAUUGGGUCAACAGUUUGCUUUGAAAUCUUUGACGACUACCUAUAUGGCGUUUCUAGUCAAGAGCUGACGGAAUUGGAGGAUACCGAAUGGACCGCAUCGGGUCACCCGCUGAAUUCGUUUUAUUAUGCCUUUCGGUUCCGUUUGGGCGAUCAUUCUACAAUCGACAUCUUGCCACGAUCUGCACUCUGGCGGAGAGGCGCAACUGACGGACCAAUCGAUGAUCGUUGGAACCAUCUUCAGCUCGGACAGGACGAAAGGUCUGGCCAAGUAUCCAUUUACGAAACCAGAAAAGAAUGGCUCUGUUCGUGGAGCCGACGUAGCUGCUAUAGCAAACAGCUCAUUUUCCCCUCCAAAUCUUACUUUGGAGGCUCAAAUACCGACGGCCAGUGUUACGAGGGCUGGGACGAUGCGACUCAACAUACAGUAAGCCCAGAGGGCACGGUACAUCGGGGCGACAAUGGCUUCUCCUCUUUGACUUUUGAUCUCAGCAAUUCUCCUGUUCGUUCCUACAAUCUCAGCUGCCGAGCCUUUGUGGACAUUGUCAGUACCACCACAUCCUCGAGUCCAGCUACUAAACGCCUUCGACUGCGGGUAAGGAGACAAUUGGACCCAAUUUCGAAAUCGGACCGUUAUUCACCGUCACCGAACGACACUAGUGACCCUGCUAAUAGCUUGGAUGAUGAUGAUGAGGUUAGCCUUUGGCCAGCGGAUCAGGGAGACAAGCUACCCGAUGGAUCCCUGGACACUCCUCUCGACCGCUACAUCGACGGACUCCUGAACCCCCAGGCGUACUUUGAUGAGGUCGAUUGGGCAAUGGAUGAGAGGGUGUUGGUCUAUUCCCCCAAAACUCUUCAUCAGCUUGACGGACCUCGAUCGAUCAUUCUCAUUUCUUUUGAUCCUGCCCUACAUUUCGAAGGGUUGGGUUGCUGGGACGAAAACUUGAUGUCACCACGUUGGGUCGGUGACCGCUCUGGCAAAUCGGAUAUUCAUUCGGAGUGUACACCAAAUACCGCUAUAAUGAACCUGGAAUCGACGGUAUACGAGACCCCAAGGAUCCGAGGCCUAGAUUUAUCGCAUACUAUCAGAUCCGGAGGCUCUACCCGAAAGAGGAAGAGAGGAGGCUCUCCACCACGUUACCGAACGGCCGCCGGAGCUGGGAUCAAGUAUCAUGCUGAUACCGAAACAAAUACGACCCGAACCAUUCAGAUGAGCUAA